GCCCCGCAGCGGGCGCUGUUACCUUCUCCUCCACCCUCCCCCGAGCCCAGCUCAGGCUGCAGCUUUGGUGCCUGGAGCGAGUGAAGUCAGUCCCGGAGCACGCGUUGUGGGAAUCCCGUUUGGGAGGAUCAUGGCAUAUCAACUUGACCUUCUCAUAGGUGUGAUCUUCAUGUCCAGCCCCGUGUUGAACAUGUCUCCCUGUUCUUCAGAUGGCCGGAUAGCUUUAUUCCGAAAUUGUAACCUUACCCAGAUUCCCUGGGUCCUCAAUACCACUGAGAGGCUCCUGCUCAGCUUCAACUACAUCAGUAUGGCCGUUGCCACGUCAUUUCCACUCCUGGAGCGACUCCAGCUGCUGGAGCUGGGGACCCAGUACGCUAACUUGACCAUUGGCCGGGAGGCCUUCAGAAACCUGCCCAAUCUUAGGAUCUUGGACCUGGGCCAAAGCCAGAUUGAAGUCUUGAGUCCAGAUGCUUUUCAGGGACUGCCCCAUCUCUUCGAACUCCGGCUGUUUUCCUGUGGGCUCUCCAGUGCUGUAUUACGUGAUGGUUACUUCAGAAAUCUAAAUUCAUUAGCUCGCUUAGACCUAUCUGGCAACCAGAUUGACAGCCUUUACCUCCAUUCUUCAUUUCAGGAACUGGACUCCUUACUCGACAUAGAUUUUUCUUUCAACCAAAUAUUCACUUUAUGUGAAGAUGAACUCAAGCCUCUGCACGGUAAAACACUGUCUUUCUUCGGCCUCAAAUCAACCAGCCUGUUCAGCAGAGUCUCUGUGGUCUGGGAGACGUGCAGGAACCCUUUCAGAGGCAUGUGGCUUGAAACUCUAGAUCUCUCUGAAAAUGGCUGGACAGUGGCCAUCACAGGGAAUUUCAGCAGCAUCAUCCAGGGAAGCCAGAUCUCCUCUUUGAUUCUUAAAUACCACAUCAUGGGUUCUGGCUUUGGCUUCCAGAACAUCAAAGAUCCUGACCAGAGCACAUUUGCAAACCUGGCCAGCAGUUCGGUGCUACAGCUGGACCUUUCACAUGGCUAUAUCUUCUCCUUGAAUCCCCAACUGUUUGAGACACUGAAGGAUUUGAAGAUUCUGAACCUUGCCUUCAACAAGAUAAACAGAAUCGGAGAUAAUGCAUUUUAUGGGCUUGACAGCCUCCAGAUUCUCAAUCUCUCUUAUAAUCUUUUGGGAGAACUCUAUAAUUCUAACUUCUAUGGGCUUCCUAGAGUGGCCUACAUUGACCUUCAAAGGAACCAUAUUGGGAUCAUUCAAGACCAAACAUUCAGCUUAUUAAAAAAGUUACAAACCUUAGACCUCCGUGAUAAUGCUCUUAAAACCAUCGGUUUUAUUCCAAGCAUACAGAUGGUCUUCCUGGGCGGCAACAAGCUGACCCAUUUGCCACGAAUUCGCUUUACAGCCAACUUCAUAGAGUUAUCUGGAAACAGGCUAGAAAAUCUGUCUGACCUCUACUUCCUCCUGCAAGUCUCCCAGCUCCAGUUUCUCAUCCUAAAUCAGAAUCGCCUUUCGUCGUGCAAGGCAGUCCACACCACCUCAGAGAACCUCAGCUUAGAACAGCUUUUCCUCACAGAGAAUAUGCUGCAGCUUGCCUGGGAGACCGGCCUCUGUUGGGAUAUUUUUAAAGGCCUUUCCCACCUCCAAAUCCUUUACCUGAAUAAUAACUACCUUAAUUUCCUUCCGCCAGGAAUAUUUAGCAACCUGGUUGCAUUACGGAUGCUCAGUCUCAGUGCUAACAGGCUGACCGUGCUCUCUCUGGGCAGUUUACCUGCUAAUUUAGAGAUUCUUGAUAUAUCUAGAAAUCAGCUUUUCUCUCCUGAUCCUGGUUUGUUUUCUUCACUUCGUGUCUUGGAUAUAACUCAUAAUGAGUUCAUCUGUGACUGUGACCUUAGCACUUUUAUUGUCUGGCUCAACCAAACCAAUGUCACUCUGUUCGGCUCUCCUGCAGACAUGUAUUGCAUGUACCCUAACUCUCUGCUAGGGCACUCCCUCUACAACCUAUCCACCGAGGACUGUGAUGAAGAGGAGGCCAUGCGGUCCCUAAAGUUUUCCCUUUUCAUCCUGUGCACAGUCACUUUGACUCUGUUCCUUGUCAUCACCCUCGUAGUCAUAAAGUUCCGGGGGAUUUGUUUCCUGUGUUAUAAGACCAUCCAGAAGCUGGUGUUCAAGGACAAGGUCCGGAAUUUGGAACCUGGUACGUCUAGAUAUGAUGCCUACUUCUGCUUCAGUAGCAAAGACUUUGAAUGGGCACAGAAUGCUUUGCUCAAACAUCUGGAUGCUCAGUACAGUUCCCGAAAUAGGCUCAGGCUGUGCUUUGAAGAAAGAGAUUUCAUUCCAGGGGAAAACCAUAUCUCUAAUAUCCACGCGGCCGUCUGGGGCAGCAAAAAGACAGUGUGUCUAGUGAGCAGACACUUCCUUAAGGAUGGCUGGUGCCUGGAAGCCUUCAGGUAUGCCCAGAGCCGGUGUCUGUCUGACCUCAAAAACAUUCUCAUCGUGGUAGUGGUGGGAUCACUAUCCCAGUAUCAGCUGAUGAGACAUGAGACCAUCAGAGGGUUUCUGCAAAAGCAACAGUACUUGAGGUGGCCUGAAGACCUCCAGGAUGUUGGCUGGUUUCUCGAUAAACUCUCUGGAUGCAUACUAAAGAAAGAAAAGGAAAAGAAGAGAAGCAGUCCCAUUCAGUUGCAAACCAUAACAACGAUUUCCUAGUGGAAGGAUCACUUUGCAGGCACAGUAAAUCUCCACCCUGUAUGUGCACAGCUGUUGGGGGUCCUUCCCAGGGGCCGUUUUCUGACUAUGAAAACAACAUCAAUCUCUUGAUUUCAUGUCAACAGGGUGCUCUGUCUCACUGACCUCCAAAUGGGAAGUAAUAGGUCCAGAAAGCUGCAGCCACCUCUAAGGGCUCCCACCUGCCAUUGAUUUCCUUUCAGGCCCAAUAACACUGUUUCCUCCUGUCCAGUUGCCUUCUGUCCUGCCAGCCACCCAGAUGGCGAGGGCACCUUUGGAGAAGUUACAGGUGGCUUCAUGCUUUCUGUGCUGUUCAGUUCAAAAACAGGAGGCUUGAGAAUCCUGAGUUCUUAACGCUCUGUUAAGACAGACGAGAUGGGUCCUUCUCUGGCCACAGGCAUGAGGCCAGUGCUGUUCUCACUCCGCCAAAGUGUGGAAGUGAUAAGACGUUGGACAGACAGACAGACAGAUGGCAGCAGCCCCAUCACUGUGGCCAGAAUGCACUUACUUCCUGUUCUGACCCUGCAGGCCCAGUUUUUGUGUGCCACAGCCAUGUUCUGCAUGGGCUCUCUCAACCUGGUACUCAUGACCUUUCAUGACUUAGCACCGGCCUGCCCUUCUUCCUUCUCCACAACCAUACAACAGCUGUUGAACACAUCAGCUACACAAGAGCUACAAAAAGGCCGUGGACUUCACACACUGAUUCCUUACUGAAUUCUGAUUCCUUGGUUUCUUAGAUGUGUAAGUUGACUGUGCUAUACCGUGGCUGGGCCUCAUGUUCUCUCCUGUAGGCCAAACAAUAUCUACCUCAUAAAUAUGCUGUGCAUGGCCAUUGGCUGGGAAUGUCAUGACUUGUUUUAUCUUUUCCUUAAUUGCCCUUGUGAGCAUAGGAGAAGAAGCAUAUCCAGAGACCUCUCAAUUUUUGUAGUGAUUUCUUUGAUUUAUGCAUAUUUUGCAUUAUAAUUCUUUUCAUGUGUUUAUUAAUAUAGCAAUGUUUCUCUGAAAAAGCAUUCAGAAACUUUUAACCAAAGAACAUGUGUCACAGUACCCUAGCCUCUCUCAUUCAGACUCCUCCACAUCCAGUGUUGCCAGACCAGCUGAUGCAGCAUGAAUACAUAGAGGGGAACUCGACCUGUAAAGGGCCGCUCCUGUACCCUCACCAUGAUGGACACACACGUACCAGAUUCUUGACCACUUCUUAUCCAUGUGUCUGAGCUCACCCUGCAGUCAGCAGUGUAUUUGUCCUUAUGCAGACAAUAUACAAUCCCACUGUACUUUUUUUCUGGAAUGUUCUCCCGUAUCUUCCCACGCAUUCUGCACAUCCUCUGAAAUCCAUAAAGACCCCAUGAAUCCUAACCCAAAGUCCUCCACCCUUUCUUUUCUGAAAACUCGUGGUACAAUAUCAAUUAUUUCUAGUCUAGGACUAACUGUCUGCUCCUCUGGACCAUAAACUCCAUGAGGCAAGGCCCUAUGCUCUGUGCCUACCCUCACUAGCUAUAGCAUCACACUUGACUGGGGCUGCAUGGGAGUCCACCACCUGAACAUCCUGUCCGAGCUUCCUUCUCCACUAACUCCCACCAGGGUCAUUUCCCCACGGUGGCAUGACUGCUUUUUCCCAGUGGUCUCAGUGAAUACAUGUCACUGAAAUGUAUUCAAUAAUGCAUUUGGUGUAUGACAUGACACCCCAACUGUGAACCCUGCUGGUUGGGGCCUUUUUUGUUUACCUGUUUGUUGUGGGCCCAGGGUGGAGCCUGGUCCAUACUAAGUUCUUAAUAAACACCUGAAGCAUCUGGUGAUAUAGCCUUUCUUAAGGGUCGGUGUAGUUGUCCUCUGCCCUACAUCUCAAGGAGGAUGAGGGCAGGGUUCGGCAGUUAGAGUGACACCCCGCAGAGAAAAUGAAGGCAGGAGGAAGAUGCUACAGGCUCCAGGACUCACUGGGCUUCGUUGUGUGGUUGGAGCUACUGGAGGGGACAGCUCCGUCUAGAGCAGCCAAGCAUUGUGCUGCAAUUGAGGAAUGUGUGUGAGGCGCAGGCAAACAGCCCCAGGUCAUUCACGGAAAAUACUAUCUUUUGAUUCUUAUUCUGAGGGGUACAGCAAAAUGGAACCCCAGCCUUUCUGCCAAGGACAGUUACAAGCAGGGCUCCUGAAGACAAAGGAAGACAACACUGGUUCAGUCUCAUCAUACCGUGGCUCAUCAGCCUUGGCUCUGCACACACCAUGGGAUGGCUCUGAUUCACGGAGGUCUCUGCAGAGCCUCUCCCUGGAACGAGACAGUGCUGCCCCAGCUGAAGAAGGCUAGAGCUGGAAAGGCCUGGAUGAGCAGCUCUGUAGAUCUUUCUUUUCUUCUUACCUCUGUUCUAAGCACGCUUUCCCUACAUUUUGGACUUCCAUUUUUCUCUACAGCCCCCCUGUAUGCAAUGCGGGUGCCUGUCUGUCAUUUGGAUGUCCUCCAUUCGACUUAACACUAUUGCUGUCUCUCUUUGCUUCUCCAGUUCGCUCUUCUUGGCAUCUGCUGAGAUGCUCAACCUGCCUGCCCUGGGGUUUUUGUUUGGUUUGGUUUGAAAGUUAAACUCUAACAAAAUUGCUCUCAACCU